CGUGCUGUCCGGGGCGUGUUUGUGAGAGCAGAGAGAGGACGAGGAGAAAAGCACCAGUGACAAAACACUCCGUGCUGAAAGUUCCACGGAGAAAAGCCACGACAGACUUAUCCCGGCGUGUCGUCUAGCACGUACUAUCUUGUCAACCAUGAAUUUAUUAUGGACUGUCGGUGUACUUCUGUUGAGCUGUUGGCGAGCGAACGCCGCGACAGCUGGCUUCAUCAAGUCUCCCCUCUCCGUCACGAAGCUGGUCGACGACAGCGCAGAGCUGCAUUGUGAGGUGAUAGGGAGCCCCAUUCCUGAGGUGCAGUGGUGGUUCAUAGAGGGACAGGAGCCCAACGAGACCAUCACGCAGCUCUUUGACGGCGCACGGAGCGAUCGUGUGCAGAUAAACGCCACGUAUAUAGAGCACGCCACCAGCACCAUUCGCUUCACGGGCCUCGCCCUUGAAGACUCAGGCACGUACGAGUGUCGCGCCUCCAACGACCCCGACCGCAAUGAGCUGAGGAAGACGCCGAAAAUCAAGUGGAUCCGCUCGCAAGCAAACAUUAUUGUCAUCGAAACCCCAACUAUCACCACUGACCCCAUUGAGGUCACCAACCAGACCUCUGCCAUUCUCAGCUGCAAUUUGACCGACACUACUCUGGUAGUCAAGGGUUCACACUGGACGUACAACGGAAAAAUCAUCGAGAAGACCCAGUCCACAGCCGCCGAUCACCACACCACCUACCAUUUGGACAAGAUCACCCCACACAACUCUGGUGGGAAAUAUGAAUGUGUAUUCCUGAGUGACCCAGUGGUGCAGCAGACAAUUGAAGUGAAAACCAUCCCCCAUGUUGCAGCCUACAAGCACUCUGAGCAUGGCAACGAGAGGGACAAAGGGGUCAUGGUGUGUGUGAGCCACGGCUACCCGCUGCCUACUGACUGGACCUGGUCCAAGGAGCAAGAUGGUGGCCAAGUGCCUAUUAUCAACGGCACCAGCGACAAGUACGAGAUCAAGAGCACCCCCAACAAAACCACCCUGACCGUCAACGAACUGAGCAUCGAGGGUGACGUGGGCGAGUACAUCUGCGCCGGCACCAGUGAACUUGGCACCAGCACCGAUAAGAUCCACCUGAGGGUGCGCAGCCGGCUUGCUGCUCUCUGGCCCUUCCUUGGAAUCGUGGCUGAGGUCAUCAUCCUGGUCACCAUCAUCCUCAUCUACGAGAAGAGGAGAAAGCCCGAUGAGAUUACUGACGAUGAUGACUCAGGCUCGGCUCCUCUGAAAAGCAACUCCAAUGCCAACCACAAAGACAAGAACGUGAGGCAAAGGAAUUCCAACUAAGAGUUGAAAAGAUGAAAAGUCCACACGGGCAGUCACGUCCGAGUUGUCACACUGCACAUUUAAUGUCCCGUGCACCCUGCAAUGUCAAAAAUAACCUCUUUUGUGCUGGAGUGUUGAUGUUCUCAAGACGACUGGUUAGCGCUUGCUUUGAUUUUCUUCUUCUUUGACUAACCUUCUCCAUGUUGUGCAGCCAGAGAGCUUUUAAUGUGUGAAAUACUUCCCUGCUUGACGGCCACAGGGCCAACUAUUGCAUGACCUCCAUCACCGUCCUUUAGCCCAGUGUGUUGUUUCAAACCAACAAAAUAAAUAAACCACCGCUAUGUCUUUAGUGAGGAAUGCUUCUUUAGAAGUUAGGUUUCAGUUUCAAAAUCAUCUUUUAAAUUCCUGUCGACUCCCUUUUGUCAUUUUUGAAUCUCCUCUUCUUCUGGUCUUUUUAAAACGCUUGUUAUGUUGCUUUUUCUUUGCUAUAGGAAAACUGUCUUGUUAAUUAAUAUUUUAAAGACUUUUACUUUGUACACUGUUAGUUUCUUAGUUAAAAAAAAAUAUAUGUAUGAAGGACCAACUGCAAAAUGUAACAGCAGUUGCAACGCCAGUACUACAUCACAAUGUUUCACUUGUUCACCCACAUGAUCUAAACUAAAAAAGGGUGUUGGUUAGGUCACUUCACUUAAACAAGAAAAAAAGUCCCACUUAGCAUUCUGCCUGAGUUGUGUGUCGUGAUUGGAUAUUGCCGUUAAAACAUUUAAAGAUUUUAGCCAGAUUUGUGAGAGUUGUACUUUCCGACCUGUUGUACAACCUGUACAAACUGAAUAAAGGUAUAUCAUUUUA